AUGAAACUCUAUUCGAGGGCUGGUACAGUACUCGGGGCAAAACAGCAACCCGAAAAGUCGUUUGCAGCCGCCAUCCAAAAUGGAAAUCUCUGCAACGAGCCGAUCAAGAUCAAGGUUUUACCCGGAAUACUUGCUGUAUUUCUCGUUGAUAAGGCUCUGACCGGCACGGGCGCGUCACCAGAAUCGGGGCCCCGAGCCGAGGGCGUGGUCAAAUACAGCUGGACCAAGGGAAUUCUGUUCCUGCCGCUGUUGGGUGGCAGUGGUUGUUUCCAGCAGAUCUAGAGCGUUCCUGUAGCAGAUGGUGCUGGAGGGGGAGAAUAUAACUGCCGACGAGGCGAUAUUCAGGGUUGCCUAGAAAGGAUUGCUUCAAGUAGUGGCGUUACUAGGUUCGAUUGACGACGUGGAAGCCUCAACGAGGACCUUGCGGGACUUAACGAAGCUUCGUCUGGGGAAGUGCUCGCUGAGGAGGCAGCUUUUAUCGCCCAGGGUACCUCCAGCUGCACGCCGCGCUGUUCCGAGGAGCGUCCUGGUGGGGAACAAGGGACUGUGA